GACGAGAAAAAAAGUUGAAAUCAAAAAGCAGCACAAAAAAUCACAAAUCUCUGGGUGUUAAAUCGUGAAUCGCUGAUCCGCGUGUGCGUAAUUUCACAUCUGAACCACUGGACAACGCAUUCGAGUGAAAUGCGGCUCUGAAGCGCGGAUAUUUUAUAGAAAAAAGUCGCUUUUUCCAAACAAAAAGUGUUAGGAAGGCACACAGCAAAAGAAAAAUUGCACACACGACGGGCCAUAUAGUACACACAGAAACACAUACACACACACACACGAACGCCAGCCAUGGUCUCCGCAGCGAACCAAAUUAUUACGACGACGAUUUGCCUGGCAAUUUGUCUGUUUUACGCGAAUUUGCUGGUUGCUGCCGGCGAACGAGUUCCGGAGGAAAUUCUCAUCACGGAAGAUGUCGGGCAGAAUAUUUCGCUCGCCUGCAACGUUACGGGACACGCAUCUUGGCAGAAAAAUGGAUUGAACAUCACAAAGGACGACAAAAGGUACACUUUAGCAUCUGCCUCACACGCCGUCGACGAAAACGGCUCGAACCAAAGAUUGCAAAGCCAUAUUUUGAACAUUAACAAGAUUGAUUUGGAUGACACGGGCAACUUUUCCUGCUACGAUCACACGACAAAUUCCACAGUAACCGUUUACAACUUUCAAGCGAUCAUCCCGCCGACGAUUGUGAAACACAGUCCUGCCCGAAUCAAGAAGAAUAUAACCCAACGAGCGACAUUAUUUUGCACUUUUAAGGUCCAUCCGGGAGAAUAUUUCGAUAAAUUACUUUCGUGGGACCUGGAAGAAACAUACAGAACUGUUGAUGAUGACUCGGAUUACAAAAAACUCACGGCUUACAUCAAAAAUCGCACGGAAAUCCACCGAAUUGACGAGAAACUCGUGAAUAUCACGUUGAAAAUUGAUGAUAUCACGAAGAAGCACAAUGGAACGUACAUCUGUUCAAUUGGGAAACCAGCUCAUAUCGACAAAGAUGUCGAAUACGAGUCUUUUAGCUCGACAAUUUUGGUCAUGGAUAAGCCCGUGUUGAUGAUCGAUUACGUAAAAGCCGUUGGCGAGGACAAAAUUUUCCUCAAUUGGACCAUUAAUGAUGGAAAUGACCCCAUUAAGCGCUAUACCUUGAGUUAUUUGAAGGAAGGCGCUGAAAGUUUUCGUUAUUAUCAUGAACAACUAAAGGGCGGAAAUACAUCGCAUGUCUUUGAUCGCUUCGAAAAAGGAUCGAAUUACAAGUUGAAGUUAUGUGCUCAUAACUCGUUGGGCGAAAAUUGUUACGAAACGAAUGCCAAGACUUUGGAUACAGAUCCAACGUUCGUUCCCGAAAUCGAAGUGAAAGGCAGCACUCAUUCUACGAUGACAAUUGGAUGGGCACCUCCCUCCUUCGACUUGCUCGAAUACAUUCAGUAUUACGAAGUAAAGGCGUAUCAUCCGGGAAAUCAGUCUGUCGUUGAAGAAGCAAUUCAUCCGCAAAACACACGAAAUCUCCCUUACAUGUUCGAUAAUCUCGCCACAGCUUCCGAAUACAGUUUUAGGGUGCGUGCCUGCAGUGAACUGACACAUCAAUGCGGCAAUUGGUCGGCAGAAGUGAAUGGAACAACAAUGGAUGGCAUCUCCAGUCCCCCACUCGGGCUCAAAAUCAAUUGUCAACACUUGAACAUUAGUCGUCGCAAUCGUGUCGAAGUCGAAUGGGAGCCGCCAACCAACCCAAAUGGCGUAAUUGUGAAUUAUCACGUUGUCUUGAACGGCGUCAGCACAUAUCGCGUCGAACGUGGCAUGAAAAACGAGACUUGGGGACCCAAACAACGCACAACAAAAGCCAACGAACGAAAAAUUACCUUCGAUCAGGUAAUGCCAAACACAAAUUAUACCGUUUCUGUUGCCGGAAUGACGCGUCACCGAAGAAUUGGAGAAGCUUCACAGAUUUCUUGUGAAAUGCCGCCAACUGUACCGGAAAAUGCGGGAAGAUAUUUGUGGGGAAAAGUACGCGAAGACAAUGGAAAUUGGAUUUUUAAGUUGUUCCUGCCGAGAGUUUCGGAGCGAAAUGGUCCAAUUUGCUGUUACAGAAUUUAUUUGGUGCGUAUUGGGGAUCCGAGUGAACAUUUAGCGAUGCCCGAUGAUCUGGAUGUCUUAAGUUAUCAAGAAGUUCAUGCCGCGAACAAUACAAAAGGAGGUGCUUAUAUUGCUGAAAUACUCACGACAGACGAUUUUCAAUCGGAAAUCUUCUUGGGAGACGGAAAACAAAUGGAAUCCACGAAAAAUGAUGAAAAAUUGUCGGAAGGAUGUCGCGCGUGUUACCAAAAUCUGCAGAGAAAGAUCCCAAAAAGGGUUAAACCGACAACGACUGCCGCUCCAACAACGGAAUCUUUGUUAGAUGAUGAUUUACCGGAAAUUCCUGCUUCGAUUCCUCCUCAGGCAAGACGUCGUCGAAGGCGUCAAGCAUCUCCUGAGCCUGAUAACCAAGCAGUUGUUGCCCAAUCGAAUCCUUCCGUGAUGACAAUUAACCCAGUGUACGAUGGCGAACUCAAUCUUCAUAGCAACUAUACCGGAUUCGUGGAAAUUAUUGUCGAAAACGCCCAAACUCAAAGCAGUUUCAGCGCAUAUUCAGAAUUUUUCGAGACAAUGAAGGCAGGCGCCCCGGAAUUUCCUGAUUCGGAUGCUGAUGAUCUCGCUGCCAUCUUAAAUAUCAGUGUCACGAUCUUGUGUGGAUUGAUCCUUAUCGUGCUCGUUCUCCUCACAACGCUUUGUUGCUUGCAUCGUUAUUACAGCAAAACCGCCGCGCAAGGCGACGAGGUCUAUACUUUGAGUGAUUCGCUUCGUGCUUUGUGCUACGGACGUUCAAAUGGAAACCAACAUCGACAUCUCAUCACUUCGGCGCCCAUUAAACCGCCAGAUAUGCCGCCAAUUCCGAAAGCUGAACUCACCGAAGCUUACAUCUCACGGCAUAAGGACUCGGAUUACGGCUUCCAACAUGAGUUUGAAAUGUUGCCAGAUCGCUUCAAUGAUCGCACAACAAAGAACACUGACGCGAAAGAGAAUUUAUACAAGAAUCGGUAUCCGGAUAUCAAGUCGUACGAUCAAACAAGGGUCAAAUUAUCGAUGAUCAAUUCGACAAUUGGGUCAGAUUACAUCAACGCCAAUUUCGUUAUCGGCUAUAAGGAACGGAAAAAGUUCAUUUGUGCUCAAGGGCCCAUGGAAACGACUGUCAAUGACUUUUGGCGCAUGAUUUGGGAACAAAAUUUGGAAAUUAUCGUCAUGUUAACGAACUUGGAGGAGUAUAACAAGACAAAGUGUGCCAAAUAUUGGCCUGAAAAGCAACUUGACACGUCCCAAUUCGGCGAUUUUGAUGUGCACUUCAAUGCUGAGAACCGUUUUUCGGAUUAUUUGAUCAGAGAGUUGAAGGUCUCAAAACGCAACAGUUCGGAUGAUGAACAGUCCCGUACGAUCACGCAAUACCAUUAUCUCAACUGGAAAGAUUUUAUGGCGCCCGAACAUCCAUAUGGAAUCAUCAAAUUUAUUCGACAAAUUAAUUCUGUGUAUUCCGUUCAACGAGGUCCGAUUUUAGUUCAUUGCAGCGCAGGCGUUGGUAGAACAGGAACUCUCGUAGCUUUGGACUCGAUGAUGCAACAACUGAAUGAAGAGGGUCAAGUUUCCGUUUUUAAUACAAUCUGUGAUUUGAGGCAUCAACGAAAUUUCCUUGUCCAAUCACUCAAACAAUACAUUUUCCUAUACAGAGCUUUGUUGGACAUUUCCAUCUUUGGCGAUACGGAAAUUCAUUACAAAGGUCUCAGCACAAGUAUUGAAAAUCUGAAAAAAGAGGGAAAUAACAGUAAAGGCCAGUGCAAAUUAGAAAUAGAAUAUGAGAAAAUCAAGCAAAAUCUUGAUGAUAUUAAGAAAACGUGUGCCAUAGCAAAUGGUGAGGAGAAUACCGCUAAAAAUCGUAACCAAGCUGCGAUCCCAUUCGACAGAAAUCGCGUAAUUUUACAACCUGUGCCGGGAGUGGGCCAUUCAACUUACAUAAAUGCCUCCUUCAUCGAGGGCUACGACAAUUCCGAGUCCUUUAUCAUCACGCAAGAUCCGCUCGACACGACAAUCGGUGAUUUUUGGCGGAUGGUGCUCGAGCAAGAUGUCAAUACGAUUGUGAUGAUUUCAGAAAUCGGCGAUGCCCCUAACAAGUGUCCUCGUUACUGGGCUGACGACGAAACUGUCUUCGAUACCAUCAAAGUCAAGUAUAUGCAGAGUGAGAGUGGUCCUUAUUACACGCGACGCGAAUUUAUCGUGUCUCGCGUGAAAAAUCCCGAAGAUACCAUCCAAGUGACGCAAUUCCAGUAUCAAGGUUGGCCCACAGUCGAAGGCGAAGUGCCCGAAGUUACACGUGGCAUCUGCGAAAUUGUCAAUCAAGCACAAAAGCAUCACAAUAGUCAAGCGGCACGCAGCGAAUAUGUCGGUCCGGGACCCAUUUUGGUGCAUUGCAAUAUGGGUACCGACAAAAGUUCAAUAUUUGUGGCAAUGUGUAUUCUAAUACAGCAGUUGAGGUUGGAAAAGAAAGUCGAUAUUUGUUCAACGACACGAAAAUUACGAUCACAGCGUCAUAUGAUGAUUGACAGUUAUGCACAAUACGAAUUCCUUCAUCGCGCAAUUGUCAAUUAUGCUGACCUUCAUAAAUCAUCGUUGGAUUCAAUCGCAUCGGCACUCGCUUCAGACUCGUAAGCUUCAAAACGAACAAAGAAAAUUCUCAUUCUCUCUAUGUCUGUCUCCCAUUUCUUGUUCCCGCAGUUAAAUUUGCUCAAAAAAAUAUUUUUAUUUUAAAUUUUUUUCGUCCCUCAGCAAAUUUUAGUUAAAUUUUCUUUCAUUUAGUAGCAUUUUUAGACAAUUAGAUCCCUGAAAGAUACUCAUAAAGUGUAAAAAUAUGAUUUUAUCAAAAAUUUAUGUGUCGUUUUAACAAAAAUAUAUAUUAAUAAAAACACGGAAAAAUGUAUAAGAAAGUGCUUUCGCUAAUCAAAUUCAUUCCAUUUUAAGUGCAAACAGUUCUCUAAAUAAAUAACUCAAACAGUCAACAUACUAAAAUCGAAAAACUCAAACUCACCUAAAAAU